CACGGAUAGGAAGACGUGUAGAUAUGAAGAGUACCCUUGUCAAAACCUCUAAUAAAUUCGAGGUCAUUUAUGGAGAAGUAGCAGGAGGGUUGGGUCCACUUGGAAUACCCACUGCCUGUCGUAAAAAGCGUUAUCUCGAUAAG